GUGCAUUUUUAAUAUAUUAAUUCAUAAAUCUGGUUUAUAAAAUAUAAAUUUAGCAUAUUCUGUAGGAUAUAUAUAAGGCCCAAAAAUCGGUUAACCGUGUUUUAUCUUCGAGUGUAGAUAUCAGUUGUAAACCUAAUUUAGAACACACAGUUGGUGGAAAAUAUGAUUAAGCAUUUAAAUACAGUCGAGUCCGCAUAACUCGUCAUACGUAUAACUAGACACCGUCGGUUAAGUAGUGGUCCCGGCCGACUUAUAUAAGCAUUAACGUUAAAAAAACUCUGGUUUACUGGACACUGUUUAACUCGUCACCACUGGAUAAAUCGACAUACUUUUUCUGUUCUUCACUCGUCUAGACGUCUGAUAAGUCGACUCCCCUCUUGGAAAAAAAUGAGUUCACACCAUACAGCUUAACGUCGCAGCAGAAUCCGAUUUUGCAUUUUCUCACCUUUCGUUCAUGCGUUAUUUGCAGCAUUUCUGUUAGAAAUGAGUGCCCGAAAGCUAACAACGCUUACUCUGAAGGAAAAAUACGAACUUGUAUCUGAAUUUGAAUGUAAUAAAACUUCGCAAGCCGAAUUUGCAAAACAAAAAAACCUUCCAAGAACAACAUUGGUGGGAAUCCUGAAGAAAAAAGAGGAAAUUAAGAAACUUUUUCUUGGGUCUUCGUCGCGAAUGUCUCGAAAACGCCAGAGAAAGUCGCUGUACAAAGAUGUCGAAGAUGCUCUGGUACGUUGGCUAAAGCAAACUCGUUCAUCGAAUCUUCCUGUUUCAGGGCCGAUACUGAAACAAAAAGCAAUGGAAAUCGCUGGGGUACUUGGAGUAGAAACAAACUUUAGUGCCAGUGAUGGGUGGUUAGAGAGAUUUAAAGGUCGCCACGGCGUGACUUUUAAAAAACUGUGUGGAGAAAAAGAAUCUGUCGAUAUGACCUCAGUUGGAACUUGGAAAGAGACAGUUUUACAAGAGAUUGAGAAAUCGUAUAAACCGGAAAACGUUUUCAAUCUUGAUGAAACGGGACUUUUCUACAAAUUGCUUCCGGAGAAAACCGCUAUGUUUAAAAACGAGAGUUGCCACGGCGGAUGCAAAUCAAAGCUGCGUGUUACAAUCCUUCUAGGAGCAAAUUCUGAUGGCUCUGAAAAACUGAAACCCUUGGUUAUAGGAAAAUUUCGACAGCCCCGAUGUUUCAACGGAGUGAAGAGUUUGCCCGUCAUAUACAAGGCAAAUUCGAAAAGUUGGAUGACUUCCAAAAUUUGGGAGGAAAUUCUUCACAAAUACGACUCCCAAUUUGUUAAGCAAAAAAGGAACGUAGCAUUCGUUGUUGACAACUGUCCUGCCCAUGGAUACGUUGAAGGACUACAAGCGAUUAAUGUGUUUUUUCUACCGCCGAAUGCCACUUCUGUAGUUCAACCGCUGAAUCAGGGUAUUAUUCAUUCGUUCAAACGUCAUUAUCGGAAGAAGCUUAUUUUGAAUUUGAUUCAUGCGGUAGAAAGCGAAAAAUCGACUGACAUUUCCCUGUUAGAUGCGAUUCAUUACGUAAAGUUUGCAUGGGAAAACGUAACGUGCUUAACCAUUGCAAACUGCUUUAAACGUGCAGGAUUUCGUUCUACAGUGGCAGUUCAAAAUGAAGAUAAGGGUGAAGAACAGAACGUCCAAUUGGAUGAACUGUUGCGACGUUGCCACGAUCUACGUGAAACUGCCUCUGUUGAUGAAAUAGACUACAGCACAGUGGACGAUUGCGUGGAGGUGUGUUACUCAGCGAGUGUUGCUGAUAUUAUCGCAGAAAUUCAGGACGAGAAUAACGAAUCUGGAGGUGAAGAGAAUGAAACACUAGAAGAGCUAUUCCCAAAACCAACCAAAAACGACGCGCUAGAGGCAUUAAGAAUCCUUAGAUGUUACUUGCCAACAAUUGACAAUUGCGAAGAUGAUGUUUUCAAGGCGUUCAUGAUUGUUGAAAAUAAAGUUGAAACAGUUAAAUAAGUGCUCAAAACAAAUAAUACUAAACGAAUUUUUCAUUUUAUCAUCUACAACGUUAUUGUAAAUGGAGUACACAAUGUAUUGUAAGCCUAUUGUACUGUAUAAACCACUGUUGUGUUUUCCUAAAUGUAUAUUUGUGGUUUUUUUUUUUUUCAACUUUGUUUUAGUCGUCAUGUCGGAUAACUCGACACAUUUCCACUUCCCCUUGGAGUGUCGACUUAUGCGGACUCGACCGUAGUUGAAUAAGAGUUAACUGACUUAUGGACCACACUAUGUUAUUAAAACAAAAAAAAAACACUGCAUUUUAUCUGUAAAAUAACAAUAUAAACUCUAAUAAAGUUUAAUUCAAUUGUAUAUGGGAAGGAGGAGGCUUUCAUUAUUUACCAUUAAAAUUUGCUUCGUGUUACUUUAAAAAAUGAACUUAAUUUGUAAAUUUAUAUAACAAAUUGUUACUGAAUAAAUAAAAACAUUCGCUUUUUUUUAAUUAAA